GCGCAGAACACUUUCUAGAAAAGCGAAAUACUUCAGUUCAGGCUGUUCAUGUCGUGUUUUGUGCUCGUACGAAUCCAAAUUGAUAUCUACUGAUCAUCAUGCAGUUGUUUGUUCGCGGCCAGAGUUUGCACUCUGUUCACCUGAAUGGGUCAGAGACUGUUGCCCAUAUCAAGGCUCAGAUUGAAGCUUUGGAAGGUCUCGCCUGUGACGAUCAGAUCAUUUCUCUCAGUGGGAUUCCCCUUGAGGAUGACGCUCUGAUCUGUCAGUCUGGGAUCGAGGAGUUCAACACUCUUGAGGUCUCAUCAAGGCUUUUAGGAGGCAAAGUUCACGGUUCCCUGGCUAGAGCAGGAAAAGUCAGAGGACAAACUCCUAAGGUGGACAAGCAGGAGAAGCGCAAGAAAAGGACUGGCCGGGCAAAGAGAAGAAUUCAGUACAACAGGCGCUUUGUUAAUGUUGUCCCGACGUUUGGCAAAAAGAAAGGACCAAAUGCCAACUCAUAAUCUUUUCAAUAUUUGCUACAUUACUGCGCAUUCCUGAUGGGAAGACAGUGCAAUGUAAAAUGAGCAUUUGCACUCUGAUGUAGAAUUUAUAUUUUGUGAGAUGAAGUUUAAUGUAGUGUGAAAUAAAAUGAAACUGUAAAUCACUGGGAAUCCUUAAUGGUGUUUGUGGCAAGAAUGAGGUUUUGUAAAUUACAAAUAAAAAACAUUUAAUCAAA